AUUGGCCUACAAAUUGGCUUUAUUACCAUUUUAGUAAAGUAUAUUACUUAUAUAUUUCAUUAAAACAUUACCAAAAAAAGAUAUAAUGACGUUCAAGACGUUUAUUUUGCUAGGACUUUUGCUUGGUUCGGCUCUCUUCAUCUCUUCACUUGGAAAAGUUGGUGGGGAGAUUGUAGAAGACACAAGGGAAGGAAUUAACCAAAGAGGCAAAGGAGGUGGCAAAGGGGGAGGCGGCCAGGGUGGUGGUAAAGGAGGUGGAGGCGGCGGCGGCGGAGGACAAGAUGAAGUACCCGCGUUUGACAUCAAUCAAGUUGGAGGCGGUUCUGGAGGAGGUCAAGGUGGUGGUAAAGGUGGUAUAGGAGGAGGUAAAGGUGGAGGUGGUGGCUCCGGAGGAGAAAAAGGUGGAGGUGGCUCAGGAGGAGGCCAAGGAGGAGGAAAAGGUAAAGGUGGUGGCUCCGGAGGAGGUAAAGGAGGCGGUGGUGGUGGUGGAGAAGAGGCUAUAGACAUUAACGGACACGGAGGAGGUGGUUAUGGUGGAGGACACGGAGGAGGUGGGUAUGGUGGAGGGCACGGAGGAGGUGGGUAUGGUGGAGGGCAUGGAGGAGGUGGGUAUGGUGGAGGGCACGGAGGAGGUGGGUAUGGUGGAGGGCAUGGAGGAGGUGGGUAUGGUGGAGGAGGACACGGGGGAGAGGACAAGGAGGUAAAGGAGGUGGUCAAGGCGGAGGACAAGGAGGUAAAGGAGGUGGUCAAGGCGGAGGACAAGGAGGUAAAGGAGGUGGUCAAGGCGGAGGACAAGGAGGAAGAGGUAAAGGAAGUGGCGGAGGACAAGGAGGAGGAAGAGGCGGUGGAGGCGGAGGAGGGUUUGAAGAAGAAGAAGAAUUUGAUAUUGAUCAGGCAAGAGGAGGUGGUCAAGGUGGAGGACAAGGAGGUAAAGGGGGUGGUCAAGGCGGUGGACAAGGAGGACAAGGAGGUGGUCAAGGUGGAGGACAAGGAGCAGGAGGUAAAGGAAGUGGCGGAGGACAAGGAGGAGGAAGAGGGGGUGGACAAGGAGGUAGUCAAGGAGGAGGAAGAGGUGGUGGACAAGGAGGUAGUCAAGGAGGAAGCAAAGGCGGUUCGAGCGGAGGACGUGGAGGUAGUCAAGGAGGAGGUAAAGGUGGUUCCGGAGGAAGCCAAGGAGGUAGUCAAGGUGGAGGCAAAGGUCAUUCCGGCGGAGGACAAGGAGGUAGUCAAGGUGGAGGCAAAGGUAGUUCUGGCGGGGGACAAGGAGGUAGUCAAGGGGGAGGCAAAGGUGGAUCAGGAGGAAGCCAAGGAGGCGGCAAAGGUCAUUCUGGUGGAGGACAAGGAGGUAGCCAAGGAGGAGGUAGAGGAGGAGGCGGUUCCGGAGGAGGCAAAGGAGGUGGUGGUGGUGGAGGAGGAGGAUUGAACUAAGUACGAAGGGAAUCUUUAUAAAACACAUGGUGGAUAAUCGAUGUUAUGAGGGUUCAAGUGCUAAAAUCGUACAACCUUCGACGUGAUCGGCACACCAUGGGGUUAAGUAUCUAUAGUACGUAGUUAUAGUGUAUAUCAGUAUAUGUAGUAUAUAUAGAUGUUAGACUUGAAGAGAUCGAAUAAGAGAUUGUCAAGAAAAAUACUA